AUGCGUCUGAAACCGUGCAAUCUGAAUCUUAUACAAAUAUAUGCUCCAACUACAGAUGCAGAUGAUGGUGAGAUAGAAGGGUUUUAUACCUCAUUAGAAACAGUUUUUUCUCGUUUUUCAUCUAAAGAAGUUACGAUAAUUAUGGGAGAUUUUAAUGCAAAAAUCGGCGAAACAACACAGGACAAUCAUAUACGCAGCACGGUUGGCAAGUACGGGUUGGGAAUACGUAAUGAAAGAGGAGAAAGGUUAAUACAGUUCUGCCUGGAUAAUAAUUUAUCUAUCUGUAACUCUCUUUUUCAACAAUCAAAACUCCGCCUCUAUACAUGGACAUGUCCAAAUGGUAUACACAGAAAUCAAAUUGAUUACAUUCUUAUUAAAAACCGUUGGAGGAGUUCAAUUCUGUCAACCAAAACACUACCCGGAGCUGAUUGUGGAUCCGAUCACCAACUUCUACAAUCAACAUUUCGAUUGAAACUAAAAGUAACCAAUAGGAAAGUAUCCCGUGUCGUGCCACCACUGACAAACACCGAGGCUUUUCGUGAAAGGCUAGAAAAUGAACUAAAUAAUCAACAAUCGGUUACUAGCAACAUACAAACCUCUACAGAAAUGUGGGACAAUUUUAAAAACAUAACACUAGAUAUCAUAAACGAAACCCAACCAAAGACAACACGCAACAAACAACAUUGGAUCUCAGAAGGUACCUUACUACUUAUCGAAGAAAGACACAAACUGAAAACAAAAGGUCUAAAGAAUUAUGAGGACUCUGAAUCAUUUAACCUCCUUUCUAGAGCUAUUCAAAGAGAAUGUCGCAGUGAUAAAAAUAAUUUUUAUAACAUUUGUUCCGAAAUACAAACACAUGCAAACACCUUAGAGACAAGACAUUUGUUCUCCAAAAUAAAGCAAAUUACGCGUAAGUUUGCUCCAAGAACAUGGGCAAUUCACGAUGCUGACACCCAGCUUUUGACAGAAAUUGAAAAAGUUAUCGAGAGAUGGAGGAAAUACUGCGAAGAGUUGUAUACUGACGCGACCUAUAUACCAGCCGUCCAAAACACGAUUACAGAAGAACCAGAACCAGACAUCCUACUUUCUGAAGUAGAAGCAGCUAUUCGAAAUCUCGGCCUACGAAAAUCUCCAGGUAUCGACAAAAUAACAGCAGAAUAUAUAACCAGUAUGGGUCCCACUGGAAUAAGAUUACUACACGAACUUUGUCAAACUAUUUGGCACACAGGACAUUGGCCAAGUGACUGGUACACUUCCGUAAUCAUCCCGCUACACAAAAAAGGCUCCACAAAAGAUUGCAAUAAUUACUGA